AUGGAAGCCCCUCCCACCUUCUGUUUGGAUGGAAAGGCCAAUCAGAAGAAAGUUGGCUUAAAUGGAGGGUGUGUUGUAGCUGGAGCCGUCAUCAUUGCGUCGGAGUGGAGUUGCCGUGGCAGCCCUGAUGGGGCGCAGGAGGAGGGUGCCAGUCCCAAUGGAGAGGGACUGGGAGACGGGGCGGACCGCGGAUUGGACGGGGAUCCUGAAGGGGUGUGGAGCCCAGACAUUGAGCAGAGCUUUCAGGAAGCUUUGGCCAUCUACCCUCCUUGUGGAAGGAGGAAGAUCAUACUGUCAGAUGAGGGGAAGAUGUAUGGUCGAAAUGAGCUGAUAGCUCGCUAUAUCAAGCUGCGAACGGGGAAGACACGCACACGCAAACAGGUCUCUAGUCACCUGCAAGUCUUGGCCAAGAGAAAGUCUCGCGAGAUUCAGUCUAAGCUGAAGGCCAUGAACUUGGACCAGGUCUCGAAGGACAAGGCGCUGCAGACGGUGGCCAAUCUCUCAUCAGCUCAGAUCGUCUCUGCGAGUGUAAUGAAACCCCAGACUCCCUUUCCUCCACCAGUCAGAUUUUGGCCCGGCCCUAUGCCAGGACAGCCUGGGCAUUCUCAGGACAUCAAGCCCUUUGCACAGCCGCCGUACACUACACUCCCAGCCCCCGUCCCUGCACCUAUCAGUUAUGAGGCCUUGCCACCCCCUCGACCUGCAGCUAUAGCAGCUCCUGUAUGGCAAGACAGAACCAUUGCCUCUGCAAAACUACGGCUACUGGAGUACUCUGCUUUCAUGGAGACUCAACGAGACAGAGAGACGCAUAAACAUCUGUUCGUGCACAUUGGCCCAUCAAACCCUGGCUACAGUGACCCAGUGUUGGAGUCCAUAGACGUGAGGCAGAUUUACGACAAGUUCUCUGAGAAGAAAGGAGGCCUGAAAGAGCUUUACGAAAAAGGGCCACACAAUGCAUUCUUUCUUGUCAAGUUCUGGGCGGACCUGAGCAGUGACAUCGAGGAAGGUUCUGGCGCUUUUUACGGCGUGAGCAGCCAGUACAGCGGAACAGAAAACAUCACUAUCAGUGUUUCAACAAAGGUCUGCUCCUUUGGUAAACAGGUGGUGGAAAAGGUUGAGACUGAAUAUGCACAUCUGGAAGGAGGAAAGUACAUGUUCCGCAUCCAUCGCUCACCCAUGUGUGAAUAUAUGAUCAACUUCAUCCACAAACUCAAACACCUGCCGGAGAAGUACAUGAUGAACAGUGUUCUGGAGAACUUCACCAUUCUACAGGUGGUGUCCAACAGAGAAACUCAGGAGACUCUGCUGUGCAUCGCCUUUGUGUUUGAAGUGUCCACGAGCGAACAUGGAGCGCAGUACCAUGUUUAUCGACUAGUUAAUGACUAGCAGCAUGUUGUGUACAUGCAGAGACUCUUCACGGACUUUUUGAUACUCACACCAUAAACACUAUUUCCAGCUGAACACUCAGAAUUGCUCCUCUAUUCUAAACACACGUGUUUCAAUAGACCAACCGUCACACUGUAGUCACGCCUGUUGUUUAUGGUUUCCCAUUGCUGGAACAUGUAUGAUGUAUGAUCAUAUAACAGCAUCCCUCUGCUUAAACCAAAAGAGUCGGCAAACGCAAAGGUCUUAUAUACAUUAGAUACUCCUUUUUUUCCUAAUUGGAAAUUGAAAAAACCUUUUAAAGUGAAUCAAGUUUAACAUGCAAUCCUUUGAUCAACAAUGGAAAACUGUGUGACGCACUACAAGUGGAUCUUUGCAUUUGCAUCACAGGUGUGACUGAUGUGAGAUGAGUUUGAAUAUAAUCUAUGAAAACAAAUAUUCAUCGUUCAUGUAACCUGCCACAAACACUAUUACUUUUACAGACUGCAGUAGCUCUGCGAGGUACAGUUUGAAUGAGUCUACAUUGGAAUAGCCUCUGUUACCUGUUUAGUAGGAAAUCGUGGACUUCAGUCAGCUCAAUCGAAGGUCCAAGGAUACUGCAUAAAGUAUAAGUGAGCCUCAUGUAAAGAAGAGCAUGUUGUAUUUAUAUUUGAUGUUGUGUCAAAGUGUAAAGAGGGAGAUCAUUUUAGGAGUAUUUGCUUUCUCUUUGUAAAGCUUUCCAGUGGAGGACGUGUUUUCGACUGCCUCACUUGUCGUUUUAAACAACAGAAGAAUUAAGACAGUUUCAGACUAAGUUCACGUUUUGCUCUUUGCAGCAUUUUUAACGACAGAAUCACCUCCAUUGUCCGUGGACGUGCAACUAUUUUUACGUUGACUGUGUGGGCUUGCUGCAGUACUUCUACCUCCAUGCGAGUUGGGAUAAGAAUGUGCUUUGAUUUCUAAAGCCUUAAGCUGAGGAGCACUGAUGUAUAGGACACGUACACUACGCUUGUAACGGUACUGUUUGUAAGCCAAACCUAAGGUAAAUAGUCCAUUUUUGUAAAGAUGAACUUUUUUUCUUUCUUUUUGUAUUUCACCAGCAACGCAAAAAAGUGUUACUCUAAAAAUGUUAAAGGACGGGUGUUCGGGGUCUAUCUGUUUUCAUAUGCAAACAAUGGUAUGGUACAGACCUCAUUAAGGUCACCAGCAGUGCACUGGGAUAGAUUUUGCCUGAUAACACUAACGACUAUCCAGCUGACACUUUUUUCUUUUAUUCUAUGUAAUGUGUUGGAUUAUUGGUACAUUUGGCUUUUCUCUUUCUUUAGUAAACCUCACGUUUUUUACUUCGUAUUACACUGCCAUGGCCUCUCUGUGCAGGACUAUCUUUGCCUGUGCCGAAGAGAAUUUGUCAUUUGACUUUCUAUCAUGACACUAAGAGCUAGCUGGCUCUAUAUUUUCUUUUUUUUAAAAAAACAUGAGAUCAUAUUUUAAUACUCACUGUGUGGUCAGCCAAAAGUGUUUUCUUUUAUAAUUGCGUGUACUGUUUGGCUGUGCCUCGUCACUCCUGCCUGCUCAGUGAAUUAAAACUGGCUAUACGCUGUACCUGUAAAGUUACGCGUUGGUGUCUUGAUCAUAACGUUUAGACAGAUGAGAGGAAACGAGCCUUCCUGGGUCUGGAAAUAACAAAUGGUAAAUAUCAUUUUCAAUCCACUGUUCCUAAUUUAGAUAUUCUGGUUGAUCAUGUCCACGUGCCUAAUUGCUCUGAGUUCCUGCCAGUUAAUUGGCUGAAUUGUAAUCUGGGUAAACAGUCAGUUGAACAGGUGUACCUAAUUAAGUGGUCGCACCUAAUUUAAAUUAAAAUGGAGCUUUUCACUGUUGGUACAUAAAACAUUUGUUAAAUGUAGUGUAGGAAUUAAUAAGACACUUUUUUUCUUUCAAAAAUAAGGAAAUAUGAGCAUAAGCAAUACUACAAGGUUUGUCUGAGAGUACGGGGGCUGUUUGUGUGUUUUUGGGGGUUGUUUUGUUUUUUGUCCUCCUUUCCAUGCAGGCUGACAAAGCCUGACUUAGUUUCACAGAUGCAGAGCAUGGCUGCUAUAUGAAAGGCACUCGUAUAUCCCUCAGUGUCCCUGGUGUUUUAACAACUAGGCACAGUUUGAGUCGCUUCUAUGCUCAUGACAGCGUUGACACAGAGAUUGCAGUGUGUCGUUUGCCCUACUAGAUGGCGCCCUUUGCUCAAAUGUUUAAACAGCAUCCAAAGUAUAGCAGGCUUUUACAACGCACUUGCAUAUCAGUUUUGUCCCACAACUUUUUCACUUACACUUGCAACCAACACUCCCACAUAGUUGCAUAACUAAUAAUUGCCUCAUAACUUUUGCACUGCCCACUUCCUGCUGUGACAAAACAAAUUUCCCACGUGUGGGACUAAUAAAGGUUAUCUUAUCUUAUAACACUGGAAUUACGUUUACGUAACCCCUCUGUGCUGCAGUCAUAUUGCCUAAAUAUUGCAAAGCACUGCUGUCUCAGAUAAUCAUGGCUCAAAAGUGCAGAUGUGUGUAAUUGUCUGGUCUUAAUUACUGCAGUUUGUCAGUUAACACUAACAUGAGGGGGGGUCAUUAUCUAUAAGACAAAUCACGUCUUCAAAUACCAGAGCUGACCUGAAGUCACGUGUAUAGCUGUCAAUUUGAAAUUCAGUCACACCUCCUGCGUGGGCUGUCCAGUCUGUUAAUCCAAGUCACGCCAACAGACUAAUGUACAGACAAAUGAAAGCUAACAUGGUAAACCUCAGUAAGGCGAUGCACCGCCGCUUGCUGCAGUAAGAGUUUCAUAGAACUGUUUAACACGUUGGUGCAAAAUGUCUCACAGAGGUUCAGUCGGCCUGAAGUCUCGUGGCUGCGAAGGAGACGAAUCCCAUCUGUCUUGUACAUAUCAAGCUAUCCGUGUGCCACAUGGGUGCUGAUAACAAGCACCCUUAUCACUGCUGAAUUUCUAACAAUUGAUAAGCUUUGUGUGGACUUACGGUAAUGGUGCAAUAAGGACACAAGUGGAACCACAAUGCACUGGGACACGGCCGCCAGAUUGCUCACGGCAGACGUUCAGUGCAGUCACCUGUCUGUAUGUGCUUUGGCAGCCUUCCAAGGUGUAUAUAGGAAAGUGAUGAGUAAGUUUAUAGAGCUUUAACUUCACACACUUUCUGUCUGUAGCCAGACUAUAAAUAGACGGUGAACACUGCUUACUUUGUGCUCUUUUUUUUUUUCUGGGAUUGGUGUCUUGAGUAAAAACACAAAAACAAUUCUUGUUAUAAUUGAUGAUAAUAAUAAAAUGCAGUGAAUGCCGCACACGCGUAAAUGCUGUCCUAGGUGGACAAAUGUGGCAAAGUCGGAUGUUACUGUAAGUUUGUCAUGGUAAUGAACAACUUGUCUCUAACACACUUCUGAGUUUUUUCUCCCAGACAUUACUCAGCUCACCUGUCGCCAUGACAACCACCCCACCAGUGACAGCAUAAGCAAAGCCUGGGUGUGGCCCUGACAACUAAGAUUGUCAUCUAGCAAAACAGUCUUGGUUAACAAGGGGUCAUUUUAUAUUUGCAGUGAAGACUCUUAAUUGCUCGUUUAUGGACGAGCAGUGGGGGGGCUUUGGUUUCACGCAGAACUCCCCGGCACUUUAAAAAACAUCCUGGUGUCAGUUUUUUUUU